AUGGCGAACAUCGAUUCUACUGCUUCCAAUACUAAUCGCAUGCGUGAACACUUGUUCCUGAAACGAAUGCAAUCCGGGAAGCAGCAGGAGCAAGAGGAGGAUCUGUGCGUGUGCCACAACGUUGUGAACUUCAAGCUUUCUGUGUGCCUCAAUCAGUUGGAACCCAGUAAACAAGCUGCUUCGCGUGGUGCCCACGAUGAUGCAGAAUCAGGGAGGCGCUCCUGCUCCCCCACAGAAGGGUUAACACCAGCGGGAAGCAAUACAGAGAGAGCGGAGGCCCAGUCGGAACAGCUGAGCGCUGAUGCGUCUGUUUCCUCAACGGUGACAGCUGACCGUACAAAUCAACUUUCCGGUGAAUGCGCAACUUCCCCUGCUGAAAACCCACCGGAGGCAACAAACAUCUGUCAGAACAUCACGCUUGCGACUCUACAGGAUAUCUUACUGGCAAAUCCUACAGAUAAGUGCUUAGUGUCAGACGUCGACGAGCAGCUGCUAAUCAACAUUUUCUUCAAUUCUCCAGUGCGGGUUACGUCUGUAGCCAUUCGGUCUUCAGCGCCCCCGUCGAGCUUUGAAUGGAAAAAGGAAAGCGAUACGAAUGAAGAAGAUGAUGAGCUGCCGGAAGAAGGCACAGUUUCUGAGCCCAAGCUGAUCAAGAUUUACAGCAACAAAGCAAAUCUCGAUUUCAGUACGGUUUCAGACGAGACUCCCGCCCAGAUCAUGACGUUAACAUAUGACGAGCUCAAAGGAGAGGAACGCAUGUUACUGCGGGGCAGCAAGUUCCAGAGGUGUUCGUCGUUGCAUUUAUUUAUUGAAAAAAAUCAAGCCAAUACAGUGCAUACUUUCGUCAAUCGGAUAUGCUUGUACGGCUAUGUGAACAAGAACUACUCCAGCUAA